UGAGUAGAUUCAAGCCGAUCAAUAGUGUAAAGCUGAGCACAUGACAGGUUUGGGGUAUUGGGGCCGUGUUGUACUGCUUGAUGCAGUGUACCACAUUAACUAAGGAAGAACAGCCAUCGUAUCUGCCAGGCAAGGUCACUGAGUAUAAGAUCGACCACGAAUACUUCCGCUCGAAAUAUGGCGCUGGCCUUGUUGAUCUGGUGAACCGAUGCAUGAAAUAUAAUCCCCAGGACCGUCCGCCGUUGCAAGACCUUGAAGCAGCAGUCGCUCAACUUAUCGCCGAAGACCUCGAAGCCGCUCAAGCUAAUGGAGGGGUGCAGGAUCCAGCCGACACAAUUUUGAUGACGGCGGACGCGUACCGUAUUGGAAUGACGGCGGCGCAGGUUUUGCCGCAGCCAGAAGAGGUCGCAGAGGGGAUAAGUCUACUAUAGACUUUCCUGCAGAGGCGGCAGCAUAGGCAGCAGCAGCUACUUCCGCGGACGCAGGCGCAUCUCAGAAAGCGGCCAAAGGUUGUAGCGAUCAUAGUCGAAGCUCUUCAUAUUCAUCAUCUUGAGGGAAGCCAAGAUGAAAUCUCCCACAUUUUGCCCACUCAAGACUUGCUCCGUCUCCAGUUUCGAAAUCCACUACUCGGCCACCAUUCUUCUUGUCUUCGCUCAGGAACAUGCACUGCAAUCUUUCGCCGCUGAUCGCUUUCUGCCAUUCUGGGACUGCGUAGCCAAAGAUUGUCCCCGACACAUCCCAAUAGGUCUG